AUGGCUACAAACAUUACUUUUCACCCCGGCACUGUCUCGUAUGGCGAGCGCAAUGAGCUUUUGAAACAGUGCGGUGCUACAAUUUGGCUCACAGGUCUUUCUGCGUCCGGAAAGUCGACUAUUGCCACGGCAUUGGAGCAGCACUUGCUCCAUUUGCACAAGUCCGCGUACCGUUUGGACGGUGAUAACAUCCGCUUUGGCCUGAACAAGGAUCUGGGAUUUUCUCCCAAGGAUCGCGAGGAAAAUAUUCGCCGUAUUUCGGAAGUGUCGCUCCUUUUUGCUGCGUCGACAACGAUUUCGAUCACUUCGUUCAUCUCCCCGUACAAGGCCGAUCGUGACUUUGCACGCGAGCUACACGCAAAGCACGAUCCCGCACUGCCAUUUAUUGAGGUGUUUGUCGAUGCCAGCAUUGAAGAAUGUGAACGUCGCGACCCCAAGGGCCUGUACAAAAAGGCCAAGGCUGGCGAGAUCAAAGAGUUCACCGGUAUUUCUGCCCCUUAUGAGGCGCCCGAAAAGGCCGAGAUUCACAUCGAUGCCGAUAAGACGAGUGUGGAGAAAAGCGUAGAGAUCAUCGCCAAGUACCUGGUUGAGAAAGGCGUCAUCCAAACCUGA